AUGGUUCACUGCGCCGGCUGCAAACGACCCAUCCUGGACCGCUUCCUGCUCAACGUCCUGGAUCGGGCCUGGCACGUGAAAUGCGUCCAGUGUUGCGAAUGUAAAUGUAACUUGACCGAGAAAUGCUUCUCCCGAGAAGGAAAACUCUACUGUAAAAACGACUUUUUUAGGUGUUUUGGUACCAAGUGUGCCGGCUGUGCGCAGGGCAUCUCUCCGAGCGAUUUGGUCCGGAGGGCCAGGAGCAAAGUCUUUCAUUUGAACUGUUUCACUUGCAUGAUGUGCAACAAGCAACUGUCGACCGGCGAGGAACUGUAUAUCAUCGACGAGAACAAAUUUGUCUGCAAAGAAGAUUAUCUGAGCAACAGCAACUCUGCCAAAGAGAACAGUUUGCACUCAGGUGAGGCAUUUUGCUUGGCCGGGAAGACCUUUACCCAAGCUGAUUUCACUUUGCUUGAUCCAAGGAUGCGGGUUUGGUUCCAGAACCGGCGCUCUAAGGAAAGGCGCAUGAAACAGCUAAGCGCAUUAGGGGCCCGCAGGCACGCAUUUUUCCGCAGUCCCCGCCGCAUGAGACCGUUGGUGGACCGUUUGGAGCCAGGCGAGCUCAUUCCCAACGGGCCGUUUUCUUUCUAUGGAGAUUAUCAGAGUGAAUAUUAUGGACCCGGAAGCAAUUAUGAUUUUUUCCCGCAAGGACCUCCAUCUUCCCAAGCGCAGACCCCAGUGGACCUCCCCUUCGUACCCUCCUCAGGACCAUCAGGGACCCCACUUGGGGCGAUGGACCACCCUUUACCUGGACAUCACCCUUCCAGCGAAGCUCAGCGUUUCACAGACAUCAUGUCCCACCCUCCCGGAGACUCACCUAGCCCAGAACCCAAUUUACCUGGUUCCUUGCACUCCAUGUCAGCAGAGGUCUUUGGACCAAGUCCUCCAUUUUCAUCAAUAUCGGUCAACGGAGGUGGUAACUACGGCAACCACCUGUCGCAUCCGCCGGAAAUGAACGAGGCUGUUGUAUGGUAG